UGUAUGCAGCAAAUGCAGAGAACAGGGUUCAAAGAAAUCAAAGAAGGAACAGAUACAGAGAGAACAAACCAAUACAAGGAGGAAAAUGAAAACCAUCUUUCUCUUGUUGUUUAUUGCUGGAAUCCUUGCUGACAAUUCUUACUCACAAAUUUAUAUCCAUCCUAACGAGAAUAAUUGUGACAAUUACCAGUAUGAACCUAACCCAGGAGGUGCCCGGACACCAAUGCAAGUAUUAAUCGACAGUAAUUCUGAUUUUGCCUUCAAGCUCUUCCGGAAGGUCUCUUCCAGUGAAAGCCAUCAAGGUGGCAGAAGCAAGAGCAAUGUUGUCUUAUCUCCCUUAUGCAUCUCCUCUGCCUUUGCAAUGCUGGCCUUGGGUGCAAAGGAUAACACUUUAGAUCAGAUUUUGAAAGGCCUUGAUUUUAGGCCAUCAGAGAUCCAGGAGAGGAUGAUUCAUGAAGGCUUCUGUGAACUCACACAUAUGCUAAAUAAUGGAGGAGCUGGACACCAGAUGGAAAUCGGGAAAUGUCUCUUUGUGCAAAACCAGCUAUAUCCUGAAGAACAGUUCUUAAGUGGCCUCAAAAACUUCUAUGGCGGAGACAUCUUUUGGGAAAAUUUUAAGAAUGCUGCAGCAACUGAGCAGCACAUCAACAGCUACAUCAAAAGGAAAACCCGUGGGAAGAUUUCUAAGCUUGUCGAUGAAGUCGAUCCCAACACUGAAAUUCUGCUAAUUAGCUAUAUUUAUAUGAAAGCUAAAUGGAAGAAGCCUUUUAAUCCAAAGUACACAGAGAAGCACAACUUCUAUGUGAAUACCUACACGGUUGUGAAAGUGCCAAUGAUGUUCCAAAUGGGCAUGUUUGAAAUUGGACGCGAUGAUGAGAAAUUCUGUACGAUUUUGAAAAUGCCCUAUGAAGGUCACACUGCUGCAUAUUUUAUCCUGCCUGACAAAGGGCAGCUUGAGAGCGUGGCCAGCAGCUUGUCACGUGGAGUUUUACAGAAAUGGAAAAAUAUACUUGUGAAAAGCUCUAUAAAUUUGUAUAUACCAAAAUGCCAGGUAAGUGGAGAGAUUAAGCUGAAGAAUAUAAUGUACUCUCUGGGUGUGGCUGACAUAUUCACUGACAAAGCAGAUCUAUCCGGAGUCACAGGACAGCCCCAGCACAGGCUCUCAGAGGCCAUUCAUAAAGCUGUGAUCAUGAUUGAUGAAAAAGGAACAGAAGCUUCAGCUGCCACUUCCAUGGACAUGGUGCCCCUGUCUGCACCUAUUGUAAUAACAUUUAAUAGGCCAUUCCUAAUAGUAAUUGAAGAACAAAAUAAUAUAAUAUUCAUGGGAAAAAUUGUAAAUGCUGCUGAGAAAUAGGUCAGAAUGCACUUGACUAUUAACAGCGCAUAUUAAAAAGCAAUAGCAAUAGCACUUAGGUUUACCAUAUUUUUUGGACUGUAAGACGCACCUAAAUUUACAGGAGGAAAACAAGAAAAAAAUAGUUUUUUGCCUCCGCGCAUCGGAUUUUCGCCCUCCCAGGCCCCCAGAAGCACACUGCAGUGCUUUGCAUGGCCCAUUUCUGCCAAAAACUGGCCUGUUUCUGCCCUACAGAGUGCUUCUGGGGGCUGGGGAGGGUUAAAAUGCAAUGCGCAAGGGCUUGGGAGUCCAAAAACCAGCCCAUCUUUGGCAAAAAUGGGCCCAUUUUUGAUGAAAACAGGGCCAUGCAGGGGCCAGGGAGGGCAAAAUCGUGAUGUGUGGAGGGUUCGGAACAGGGGUGGUGUUAUGUACUGGCUAUGUGAAUUUGGAGGGAAAAAGAAGCGGGAAAAUACUUAAAGCGGAUUGGCUAAGAUGCCUGACAGCUCUCUAUAUAAGGAGAGCUGUCAGACGGUAGGCUGCUAGAUUCUGUACAUAGUUAAUAAAGAGCUGUUGAUUGUA